AUGGAGGAUGGAAUUCCAGAGUUUGAUUUCAGCGAUCUGGUCGCUGAUGCUGGGAAUAAGGCAAAAGAGGAACAUGUAGUGGUUGAGGGUGCAGAAGAUGAGGAUCUUGUGCUAGUCGAAAAGCCAUCUAGUGAUGUUUCACUUAACAGAGCUUUCAGAGAGUCACCUGUGCCUUUUCAAGGGCUAUCUAGAGUGCCGAAGAAGAGGGAUCCACAUGUGGUGCAUCUGUUGAAGCGUAUAAGCUUGCAAUCUACGAUAACUUGCAUCAUAAUUCCAUUAUUCUCACUGUUCAAAAUCACGCUAUCGCGCCCUGAAGGUGGAAACCCUGGGUUGUUAUAUUUCUUUGGUUUCUACAUGGUUCUUUCGCAGAUCUCACUGUUUGGUGGUUACCACAGAUUCUUCACACACCAGUCAUUCCAUGCUCAUGUUGGACUGCAAAUUGCUUAUGCAAUUCUGGGUGGGUCUUGUGGUCUGGGAUCCAUUCUAGACUUCUCGGGUCAGCAUUUAGCACAUCAUAGACACCAAGAUACAGAACGGGAUCCACACUCGUACAACGUUUACGGUUGGUUGUUCUCUAUAUGGGGUCAUAGGCUGUUCUUGGGGAAUAGAAAAUCAAGGAAGGCUAUAUCAGAGUGUCAGGACACUAUUCUGUCUACUUCCAAGAUGGUUCGUGGUAAGCUGCAACAAGGCGACAAGGACCAAUUGGUACAGCCUCCCAAUCAUGAUAUAUUGAAGUUACAACACGAGAACUAUCUGUUGCUGCUUUUUACUACAUUGCUUGUUAUUCCAUGCUUAGUGGCAUUUUACUGUCGUGUUCCGUAUUGGACGGCUAUCUUUUACCUCGGAUUCGUUCGUAUGUCUUUGAUUCAGCAACAAUGGUUAUUAUUAGGUACUUUGGCUCAUGUCAAAAAUUUCCCCUUUGCAACUCAACCAUUUUCGGAUACCAGAUCAGCCAUUAACUUGCCUUUGACAUUUAUCUUUCAAUUUCUAUUGUUCGGUGAGGCUAACCACAACUUUCAUCAUGAGUUUCCCUCUGACAGUACAAAUGGUACCAGAUGGUACCAUUGGGAUCCAUCAAAGUGGUCUAUUUACUUAUUUCACCAAAUAGGACUGACUGAUCAUCUGCACGUUACUGAUAAGCAACAGGUGGAGAAAUGUCGCAUUCAACAGAGGCAAAAACUCUUGGAUCAACAGCGUUCAAAAUUGAAAUGGGGUAUAUCUAUCGAUAAACUACCCUCGAUGACACCUCAGCAAUUUACAGAGUUGGCCAAGCAACAGUAUGCGAAUAACAAGAGAGCUUUAGUGGUGAUUGAGGGUAUAGUCCAUGAUGUGACACCUUUCAUUCAUAGCCACCCUGGUGGUACCGCAUUGGUUAAAAUAAGUAUCGGAAAGGACGCUACUCAAGCAUUUAAUGGAGCUGUUUACUUACAUUCUCAGGCAGCAAGGAAUUUAUUGGCUACAAUGAGGAUUGCUAUGCUCAGUUCGAGCGAACAAGUCGAAAAUACUGUUUGGGAGAUAAGAAUGUUACAAAGAAGCCAGGAUAAACAACGGAGAAAUAAUAGACAGGUUACUUACACGCAAAAAAAUCAUUAUGCCGCUGGUGCGGCUUAG